GGUUUUUUUUUUGUUUAAGUUACCACAACGUAGGUGCACUGUUGGUACAGUCCAAUGUCCUCUGCCUGGUAACUGAAGAACAGAGGGCCGCGACUUUGAGUGAAAAGAAGAAACCAUGAUCAAGAUUGUAAAAUUUGCGCGUGAGCACUGGGUAAACAUAUUGGUGCCCAUGGGCUUUGUGAUUGGGUGGUUCCUUGACAAACAACAGGACCAGAAGUUGACAGCUUUCAGGAACAAAAGUAUUUUGUACAGCAGAGAGCUGAAGCCUGGUGAGGAGGUGACCUGGAAGUAGACUUAACCCUACCUGGAAUGUGUCCUGUCAUCUGUGGUGUAAAUGAUGGAUGGGUGGAAUCAGAUUAUUUAAGAAGAUUCCUAUAUCUCUGUUAUUGAGUUCCUAUCAAUCAGUUAUCUUUAAUCUUUAAAGUCGUAUUGAGUUGUAACAAAUAAUAAACAUGUCCUGUCUCUUCAAA